CGCAAAGAUAUUCGGUUCCAGGCGUAAGGGCAUUUCUGCGGUGGGUUUUGAGUGAAGAUGAGGUUUCUCAGAGCUCUGAGCGCUUUGCUCUGCUGCUCGCUGUCCUCUGCACAGACACUGGAUCCCGGUGGGAAAAAUGUCUGCAAAGAUUGGAGGGAUUCCUCCAGUCCGGUCUGCUGCACUGGAUGGCGUCAGCGGGGAAAUGAGUGCACCAUACCUGUCUGUGAAGGCAACCAGGCGUGUCUCGAGAACGAAGUCUGUAUGUUUCCUGGAGUGUGUCGCUGCCCACCUGGCUUCUAUGGAGCUCAGUGUAAGACAGAGUGUCCGCCGGCGUUUUGGGCGCCAGACUGCCGGCAGGUGUGUCCGUGCCACCCUCACGGCCGCUGUCAUCCUGUCACCGGCGAGUGUACGUGCCACCCCACCCGCUGGGGUCCCCUCUGCCAGAACACCUGCAAGUGCUCUGGCAACGGCCACUGCCACCGCGUCAGUGGAAAAUGCAUCUGCAACAAAGGCUGGUGGUCCCAGACGUGCUCCAAAACGUGCCAGUGCUCCAGCGUUGGCUCCGUGGACACCAGCUGUGACCCGCUAACAGGCCGCUGCCAGUGCCACAGGGGCUACUGGGGCAUGAAAUGCCAGGCCACGUGCAACUGUAACCGGUCUCCGUGUAACGAGCGGACCGGGGUGUGUGAGUGCGAGGCAGGCUCCUGGGGGCCCCACUGUGACAACAACUGUGACUGUGACCUCUCGCACAGCAGCUGUGACCCGGACAGUGGGCAGUGCCUCUGCCACCCGGGGUACAUGGGUGCUUCAUGCAGCCGUCCUUGUGAAGCCGGGUUCUAUGGCAGCAGCUGCACAAAGAGAUGUGGAUCCUGUAGAGACAAGCAGCCGUGCUCAUCCACCGACGGUGCCUGCGCUGCCUGCGAACCCGGCCUGAACGGCACACGAUGUGACCGGCCAUGCGCUUCUGCUUUCUAUGGAGAAGGCUGCAGCGAGAAGUGUCCGCGGUGCUGGAACAACGAACCCUGUGACCCAAAAUCCGGGAAAUGUUGGAGAUGUGACCCUGGAUGGACCGGAACCAGGUGUGAGGAGCCCUGCUCAGACGGGACGUAUGGGGACGCCUGUCGCUUCCUGUGCGGUCCCUGUUUCCAUGGUAACUGUCAUCAUGUGACCGGAAGAUGUGUCUGUCAGGCAGGUUUUCAAGGAGAAAGCUGUAACAACACCUGUCCCGCUCCACUGUUUGGCCUGAACUGUUCGUCCGUCUGUGACUGUGGUGAAGGAGUGGGCUGCCACCCGGUCACUGGUGCUUGCCCCUACAGUGGUAGAGGUGCUGUGCUCGCAGGCGUGCUGGUUCCCUUGUUCCUGCUGUUUUUUGCUGUCCUGUGUUGCUGCCUGUGUUGCGGAGGAGGUCCAGCCGACAGCAAAAACAGUGCGGCUGUGGCUGACGGCGGCAUGUUGGUCAGGAUGAAAUAUCACGUCUACAGCGUCCUGGCCAACAUCGGCGCUGCCCUCCCCUGCAUGUCGGACUGGUCCUCCGGUCUGCCUCGAGUCACUGUGUCUCACCACGACCCAGAGGUCACUUUCAACCACAGCUUCAUCGAGCCUCCCUCUUCUGGCUGGGUCACCGAGGGGUCGUCCUUCGACAGUGACGAAGAGGAGGGCGAGGCUCUCUACUGCGUUCCUCCUAGAGAAGACAUCCCCACCGUGGCGGGUGGGGAGUUCCAGGAGAUGAGCUCCAAGUGCAAUAUGUUCCUGGACCCGUCCGGGUUCAGCAGCGAGGACAUUGCUUCGUCCUUCAACAUCCCGCGCACCUCCAGCAACGCCAAGUCCAAGAGGCCGUCCGUGUCUUUUGCAGAAGGGACGCGCUUUAGUCCCAAGGAGAGGCGUGGGUCCGGACAGGACCCUGGUGCUCCUCCGCGUAACAAAGCGAAGACCCCCUGGGGGGUUCUGAUGCUGUCCGCCCUCCAAAGUCAGGGAGGGACAACUAGGACUGGGGAGGAAGACAGAGCUGAGGAAGAGGAGAGGGAAGACGGGGAAGAGGGUCAAGCAACAGAGAUGCAAGAGUUGAGCUGUGAGGUUGUGGAACAGGAAGUAGACACAAGCCCGAAUGUACAAGUCCCUGGGACGUCAGGGCGAAGGCGGACCAUGUCCAACACAGCUGCUCAUAAAGGAACCCCGCUGCUCAACCGUGAGGGUGAGGCGGCGGCUCUUCAUAAGGUCACCACGGUGUAUGUGACAGUCGGUAAGGCCGGCAAGCCUGUGACAAAAGCAGAGUCGAGCUCUGAAGGACCGGUCCAGGCCAUGCUGCGCCGACUCGGCAGCCUGCAGAGACAAAAGGAGCAGGACGGCGGAAGAUCCAAGUCGAAGGCGGCCGAGGGGAUCACCAAACCCCCGAGGAGGAAGCUGGGAGCUCGGGCCGCCGUCUGGGAGCAGGGAGGGCCGUCAGGAGGCGAGGCUAAGCCAGUCAGGCGGAAGAACGCCUCCAGCGGCACCUCAGAGGCUCCACCGUCAGAGGGGAACACGCCGAAACGGCCCCUGUCAUCGAUCCUGAAGAGCGUCCCGGAGGUGGCCACCAGCGGGUCAGGCCUGAGAGCUGAAGGAAGAGCCGUGAAGGGCGUGGACGCAGCUGCAGGGCAAACAGAGUGCAGCUAUCUGACCGUGGGGCCAACAGGAGAGACGACUCAGGCCAUCAACAACCAGGGAGCAGCAAGCGACGAACCCUGCUAUGAAAACGUCUUAAUCUCACAACCGUGACUCAGAGAUGCCGAGUCAGCAGGUCUGAUCUUAAUGCAACCAGUUUAUUCCUCUGCAGUCACGUUUCAGACAGAAACGGGACGAUGACGGUGCUUUAGCAGAAAAACGAAAUGCGUACAGAAGUGCAAUUUACAUUAUACUUGUCUUACAGAUUAAGGUUUCGAUAUUUAUGCAAAGAGUAUGAAAACAGACACCAUGAAACAUGUCAGAGCAAGAGGCAAGAGGUCAUGUUGUUUGACAUGAGUCAUCCUUCACAGAUUGAGUCGCAGGAACUGAAACUGGGUGAUUUGUGUAUGUGUUGUAGAAUCACGUGGGGAAAAAAGAAAAAAGUCAAAAUGUCAUUCCUGG